CCGGGCACGGCGGCGUUGCGGGAGGACUAGCGCCCGAGCCGACCCGCGCACGCAGCCAGGCGGGAGCGCACACAUUCGCGCACACACAUCGCGCACACCCGCACACUCGCGGCGGCGGCCCCCGGCCCCCCGCUGCCGCGGCCGGCAGUGAGGCGGCGCCCGGUGGGGCUGCCCCAUGGUCUUGCGGGGGCCGUGGGGGAGCUGCGGGGGCUCCGACGCGGCGCUCGCCCUCCUGCGCGCCCUCCGCACUAGGAUGUUGCGGCAGGUCUUGCACAGGGGGCUGGGGACGUCCUUCUCCCGGCUCGGCCACUUCGUCGCCAGCCACCCAGUGUUCUUCGCCUCGGCGCCCGUGCUCAUUUCCAUUCUGCUGGGCGCCAGCUUCAGCCGCUACCGGGUGGAGGAGAGCGUGGAGCACCUCCUGGCCCCCACGCACAGCCUGGCCAAGAUCGAGAGGAACCUGGUGGACAGCCUCUUCCCGGUGAACCGCUCCAAGCACCGGCUCUAUUCCGACCUGCAGACACCCGGGAGGUACGGCAGGGUGAUCAUCACCUCCUUCCGCAAGGCCAACAUGCUGGACCAGCACCACACCGAUCUCAUCCUCAAGUUGCACUCUGCUGUGACCAGGAUCCAAGUUCAAAGACCUGGUUUCAAUUACACGUUUGCCCAUAUAUGUAUCCUGAACAAUGACAAGACAUGCAUAGUGGACGACAUAGUGCAUGUACUGGAGGAAUUAAAGGCUGCUCGUUCUUCUAAUCGAACUAAUUUUGCAAUCACUUAUCCGAUUACUCACUUAAAGGAUGGCAGGGAAGUGUAUAACGGGCAUCAGCUUGGUGGGGUUACUGUGCACAGCAAAGACCGGGUGAAGUCUGCAGAAGCCAUUCAGCUCACCUACUACUUGCAGGCAAUCAACUCCUUGAAUGACAUGGUGGCAGAGAAAUGGGAAUCCAUUUUUUGUGACACUGUUGAACUUUUCCAGAAAUCCAACAGGAAAAUCAAAAUGUAUCCUUUCACUUCUUCUUCGCUGAAGGAGGAUUUCCAGAAGACAAGCAGGGUGUCAGAACGCUACCUGAUCACAAGCUUGGUCCUUGUGGUCACCUUGGCCAUUCUCUGCUGCUCCAUGCAGGAUUGUGUCCGCAGCAAACCCUGGCUUGGCCUGCUGGGAUUGCUGACCGUGACCCUUGCCACCCUGACUGCAGCCGGGAUCAUCAAUCUCACUGGUGGGAAAUACAAUUCCACCUUCCUGGGAAUCCCCUUCGUCAUGUUAGGUCAUGGUUUAUAUGGGACUUUUGAAAUGUUGUCUUCCUGGAGGAAAACUAGAGAAGACCAACACGUUAAAGAGAGGACUGCAGCUGUAUUUGCAGACUCCAUGCUCUCGUUUUCUCUCACCACUGCCAUGUACCUGGUCACUUUUGGAAUAGGUGCCAGUCCCUUCACUAACAUUGAAGCAGCUAGGAUUUUCUGCUGCAAUUCCUGUAUUGCAAUUUUCUUCAACUACCUCUAUGUACUCUCCUUUUAUGGUUCCAGCCUGGUGUUUACUGGCUACAUAGAAAACAACUACCAGCAUAGUAUCUUCUGCAGAAAGGUACCAAAGCCAGAGGUAUUGCAAGAGAAGCCUGCAUGGUAUAGGUUUCUUCUGACGGCCAAAUUCAGCGAGGACACAGAUGAUUCAGAGGAAACAAACACUUACGAGAGUCAUCUUUUGGUGUGGUUCCUGAAACGCUAUUAUUGUGACUGGAUAACAAACACUUAUGUCAAGCCUUUUGUAGUUCUCUUUUACCUUGUUUAUAUUUCCUUUGCCUUAAUGGGCUACCUGCAGGUCAGUGAAGGGUCGGACCUGAGCAACAUCGUAGCGACUGCAACACGGACCAUUGAGUAUACGACUGCACAGCAGAAGUAUUUCAGUAACUACAGCCCAGUUAUUGGGUUCUACAUCUAUGAGUCAAUCGAGUACUGGAAUACCAGUGUCCAGGAGGAUGUGCUGGAGUAUACCAAGGGCUUUGUGAGGAUAUCUUGGUUUGAAAGCUACUUAAAUUACCUUAGGAAACUCAACAUAUCUACUGGGUUGCCCAAGAAGAACUUCACUGAUAUGUUGAGGAACAACUUCCUGAAGACCCCUCAGUUUGCCCAUUUUUCAGAGGAUAUCAUCUUUUCCAAGAAAUAUAACAAUGAAGUUGAUGUCGUGGCCUCCAGGAUGUUCUUGGUGGCCAAGACAAUGGAAACUAAGAGGGAAGAACUUUAUGACCUCUUGGAGACCCUGAGGAAGCUCUCUCUCACCUCCAAGGUGAAAUUCAUUGUUUUCAAUCCAUCAUUUGUGUACAUGGAUCGUUAUGCUUCUUCAGUGGGAGCACCCUUACAAAACUCCUGCAUUAGUGCUUUAUUUCUGCUCUUCUUCUCUGCAUUCCUUGUGGCAGACUCUCUGAUCAAUGUCUGGCUCACUCUAACUGUUGCCUCGGUUGAAUUUGGAGUUAUAGGUUUUAUGACAUUGUGGAAAGUGGAACUAGAUUGUAUUUCUGUGUUGUGCUUAAUUUACGGAAUUAAUUACACAAUUGACAACUGUGCUCCACUGUUAUCAACCUUUGUCCUGGGCAAAGAGUUCACAAGAACUAAAUGGGUGAAAAAUGCCCUGGAAGUGCAUGGGGUAGCUAUUUUGCAGAGCUACCUCUGCUAUAUUGUUGGUCUGAUUCCUCUUGCAGCUGUGCCUUCAAAUCUGACCCGUACACUGUUCAGGUGCUUGUUUUUGAUAGCAUUAGUCACCUUCUUUCACUGCUUUGCCAUUUUACCUGUGAUACUGACUUUCCUGCCACCGUCCAAAAAGAAGAGGAAAGAGAAGAAGAAUCCUGAAAACCGUGAGGAAAUAGAGUGUGUUGAAAUGGUGGAUAUGGAUAGCACCCGAGUGGUUGACCAAAUUACAACAGUCUAACUUGUUUGUUUGUUGCUUUUUUUACACUAGAUCUUACUGAGGGAAAAAAAAAAUAAGAAGAAGAAAGAAACCAGUAGUGACUAAAUAUCUGAGGAAAAGAAGUAGUUUGGAUGUUUUCCUUCCCCCUCCCCCUCCAAGCUAAAUCCAGGAAUAUUCAAAAUGAUGGGAGAAAUUAAAAAUAUUUUUUUUUAAAGAGCUGCGG